GGGGGAUGUAAUAAGUUUGCACAUAGAGUAGAUGCUGUUUUAAAAUACAAGCACGCAUGAAGCUUAGUACCAUAAAGACAUUUCCUCAACAUAGCAACCGAAACAUAUGGCAUGGAUGAAAUACAUUAGGCCUAGCUGUAUGGCUGUUGUUUUCCUCACCCUAAUUCUCACUGCGCAAGCGCAAGUUAACGUCAACGUGUUCACCGAUCCGAUACUGAGGGACGAUUACGGGGACAUCGCGUACGAGAACGGAACGAUACUGUUUGUCGCGGUACGGGACAACCACACGUACAAGGCCAAAGACGCGUCCAAUAUUCAGGACGAGGGGGCGAUAGGACCUUUUUAUGAAUUAGCCGCCAGCGUUGUGGAUACUUCAUUGGGGGACGACUUCACUAGCGAUCUCGUGACGGCAAUACGAGCGAAACCGAACUUUUUGCUAGUGUUAAUACAUUCAAGCUUGUCAUUCGGCUAUGUUUUGGCAAUACUUGUCGGGUGGUUGUUCCUCAUCAUCUUUCCGUGUUGCUGUUGCUCGGCUUGCUGUUGCGGAUCUAGGAAUAGAAAUCGAGUCAGGCCUAAGCGAAAAGUCAUCUUGGUGUACAAGUACAUUUACCUUGCUUUCGUCACGGUUCUAAUCGUCUUUCUUUGCGUUGGUAUUUUGUUGAUGAACUCGACAAGUGACAAAUUGUCUCAAUCUCUGAGCGUGCACGCUGACGACGUGGACAAAAUAGAUGACAUCCACAGCUACACAGAAUCGACAUUAAAGCAAGUGAAAGCCUUGACUACGUAUAAAUAUGACUUCACGGUCAAGGUCGUCGUUCGCGAUCUAAACAAUGCUGCAGCUAUUAAAGCAACUUUAAACGAACUGCAAACCGGAAAAGUUGAGCUGGAUACGGCUUAUAAAAGUUACAAUACUGCACUAGAAGCCCUGCAGGGGAGGAUAACCGCCCAAGCCCCGCAGUCAGGCAUAGAUUUAAAAAUCAACUUUAAUUUAGAAAUG